AUGGGUAAAGGUAAACCAAGAGGGCUUAACUCUGCUAGAAAAUUAAGAGUUCACAGAAGAAACAACAGAUGGGCUGAUCAAGCUUAUAAAGCUAGAUUAUUAGGUACCGCUUUCAAAUCUUCUCCAUUUGGUGGUUCAUCUCACGCCAAAGGUAUCGUUUUGGAAAAAAUUGGUAUUGAAUCUAAACAACCAAACUCUGCUAUUAGAAAAUGUGUCAGAGUCCAAUUAAUCAAAAACGGUAAGAAAGUCACUGCUUUCGUUCCAAACGAUGGUUGUUUGAACUUUGUUGAUGAAAAUGACGAAGUCUUGUUGGCCGGUUUCGGUAGAAGAGGUAAAGCUAAGGGGGAUAUUCCAGGGGUUAGAUUCAAGGUUGUUAAAGUUUCUGGUGUCUCUUUAUUGGCUUUAUGGAAAGAAAAGAAAGAAAAACCAAGAUCAUAG